AUGUCGAAUGUGUUGGGAGAUGAAUAUUACCCAUCAUUUGCACCAUUUCUUGGUUUCGGAGGAUGUGCAGCAGCAAUGAUGUUAUCAUGCGCCGGUGCGGCAAUCGGUACGGCAAAAUCAGGUAUUGGUAUCGCUGGUAUUGGUACUUUCACCCCAGAGUUGAUAAUGAAGUCAUUGAUACCAGUGGUUAUGUCUGGUAUAUUGUCAGUUUAUGGUUUAGUAGUGGCGGUGUUGAUUGCUGGUGGGUUAUCGCCAACUGAAAAGUACUCAUUGUUUAAUGGAUGCAUGCACCUAGCUUGCGGGUUAACUGUGGGGUUUGCAUGCUUGGCAUCAGGAUAUGCUAUUGGUAAUGUUGGCGAUGAAGGGGUGAGGCAGUUUAUGCAUCAGCCGAGGUUGUUUGUGGGAAUUGUAUUGAUUCUUAUUUUUGCUGAAGUGUUGGGUCUAUAUGGAAUGAUUAUUGCAUUGAUUUUGAAUACGAAAGGAAGUGGUUAA